UCCAAUUUUCAGACUUCAGGCCAAACUCAAAACUUAUAGUUGUAGCCUUCUCUCAAGGUUUUCACUGCAGCCAUGGAGGCUAGCUCUCUUGUCAGCAGAAAAUGGACACUCUGCAUCAUUCUGAGCUUUCUUGGUUUCAUUCUUCUCGUCUGCUAUCUUGAUCAUGCUAGGAAGCCCAUGUUGGUCGAUGACUUGCCAGCGCAGGUCAAUAGAAUUGCUGCAAUAAACAGUAGCUCAACUGGCAUUCUACUACAAGGCAGCAAAGCCCGUGGAACAAAUCGUGUGCCGGAAAAGUGUGAUGUCUUCGAUGGCCAGUGGGUUUAUGAUCCCGAGGCAUAUCCACUGUACUCUUCAUCUGAUUGCCCAUUCCUCAGUGACCAAGUGAGCUGUCAGAACAAUGGCCGGCCGGAUUCCGACUACCAAAGGUGGAGAUGGCAAGCUAGAAACUGUAACACUCCCAGAUUCAGUGGAAGAGACAUGCUAGAGAUGCUUAGAGGGAAGAGGGUGGUGAUAGUCGGGGACUCGCUGAACAGGAAUCAAUGGGAGUCCUUGGCUUGCCUUCUUUAUUCUCAAAUUCCACCAACACGGGCAUACAUCAGUGUCAAGGAUGCCCUCCACAAAGUGUUCAAAGCAAAGGACUACAAUUGCACUGUAGAGUUCUUUUGGAGUCCAUUUCUUGUAGAACUAGAGAACCGGAAGCAGAGAAAGAAAGUGCUGAAAAUACUAAAGCUAGGAACUAUUUCAGAUGCUGCCAAGCACUGGCCGGGAGCUGAUGUUAUGGUUUUCAACACAGGCCACUGGUGGUUGCACAAGGGGAAGCUCAAAGCGUGGGACUUCCUAGAGAAAGAAGGAAUACUGGUUGAAGACAUGGAUGUGGAAGACGCGUUCAAGAUGGCCAUGCAGACAUGGGCAAAGUGGAUUGAUGGCAACGUCAAUCCCUCCAAGACCACAGUAUUUUUCAGAAGCAUCUCACCUGAACACAAAGGUGAGAAGCAAUGGUGCUACAACCGAACACAACCUCACAUGGAUGAAUCUAAUAUCGUGCAAUUUACACCACCCACAACAGCUUUGAUUGAGAAAAUCAUCGGAGAAGCGAAGAUACCUUUGAAAUAUCUGAACAUCACCAGGCUGUCACAGUACCGAGUAGAUGCACACACGUCAGUGUACACAGUGAGGCGAGGCAAGCUGUUGACAGACCAACAACGUGGAAAACCAAAUAUAUAUGCUGAUUGCAGCCAUUGGUGCUUACCUGGACUCCCUGAUACUUGGAAUGAAAUCUUAUACCAAAUGUUGAUAUUACAACAAGACACUGCCGCCUUUUUGUAAUAGUAUCUCACCAAUUGUCAGUAGUAAAUCAUCGUCAGUUUUAACUCGAAGAACGGCAAAUACUUCAUAUACAGAUAUAGCCGGUAUCUGGGAUGCUGGUUAAUCGUACUAGGCGCCUAAGAUGCACAUACGGAAACUCAGGUA